UCGUCAAUUAUAAUUGAAAUUAUAAAUAAAUAAUUGCGCUUCUGAAAUGCCCUCAACUUACGGGAACCUCCCACUUGUGAGACUCGUGGUGGUGGGUGAUGGAGGCGUGGGCAAAAGUGCUAUCACCAUUCAGUUCUUUCAAAAGAUCUUCGUGACCGAUUACGACCCUACUAUCGAAGACAGUUACGUGCAAAAUGUGGUAGUUGAUGGAGAACCCUGCCGACUUGAUGUCCUUGACACUGCUGGUCAGGAGGAGUUUUGCGCAAUGCGUGAACAGUACAUGCGACAAGGUGACGGUUUCCUUCUGGUUUACUCGGUGACCGAUUACAACAGUUACGUGAACACCACUCAGUUUCACACGCAAAUUCUUCGAGUAAAAGACUGUGAUACCAUUCCAAUAUUGUUGGUGGCCAAUAAGGUCGACUUGGUGCAUUUAAGGAAGGUGACGGAGGAGCAGGGAAGAAGUCUGGCAAAGCAUUUAGGUACUCCUUACAUUGAAACAAGUGCCAAAGAUCCUCCCCUCAAUAUUGACGCUGCGUUUCAUGAGGUGGUUCGCAGAGUUCGCACUCAGUCUAAGGCACAGAUGAAGGAGAAACGGAAGAAGAGAUUCAAGAUGUGCAAAUGUACUAUUCAAUGACAUAACCCAAUCUAAUAUCAUUAGAUUUGUGAUUAUUAUUAUUUUAUACUGAUACUUAUUUUGAUCUCGUUAAAACAAGUAUUAACUUUUAUAUAGUUUUAUCGUCUAAUGUACAAAUAAUAUAUUAAAUAAAUAUGUAAAAAAU